CCGCGCUGUAAGAGGAAGUAAAAGUAACGGAGGCCGCGACAAGAACAAAGGAUCCGACACAUUCCUCUGAUCUGGACAUCAAUCACUCCUGGGUGUCCGCUGUUCGGUGGUUACUAUAGUAACAGCUGAUGAACGUUAGGAUGAUGAUGAAGGUGAUGAUGAUGAUGAAGACGGUGUGUGUGGUGUGUGUGUUCCUCACACUCGGGUGUGUCGGACCCGCUUCAGGAGGUGUGCACUCUCUGUUUUACACCUACACGGCUCUCUCUAAACCUCUGGAUCUUCCUGGAGUCUAUGACUUCACUGCACUGGGAAUGCUGGAUGACCGAGAACUCGACUACUACAGCAGUGAGACUCAGGUUAAGGUUCCUAAACAGAAAUGGAUGAAAGAGAAGACGACACAGGACUACUGGGAGAAAGGAACUCAGUCCCGCAAGAGUAAAGAGCAGUGGUUUAAGGUCAACGUGGACAUCCUGAUAGACCGCAUGAGACACAAUAAGACUGAUCUUCAUGUUCUUCAGUGGAGACAUGGCUGUGUGGUUAAUAACGAUACAAAUGGGAAAAUUACAUUUCUUUAUGGAGUUGAUGAGUACAGUUAUGACGGCACUGAGUUCCUCUCCUUCGAUGAUAAAAACUCGAGGUGGAUUGCUCCAGUCCCGGAGGCUGAGCCGACCAAAAGGAAAUGGGAUGAUGUGGCCAUCCUUAACCAGUACACCAAGGGCUACCUGGAGAAAGAGUGUGUGGACUGGAUCAAGAAGUUCAUGGACUAUGGACAAGAAGAGCUGAGAAAAUACUCUCCCCCAGAGGUGCAUCGGUUAAUAAAGAAAUCAAGAAUUGACCCCAGCAAGCUGACCCUGACCUGCCUGGCCACAGGGUUCUACCCUCCAGAUGUGCAGCUGCAGGUGAGGAAGCUCACGACAUCCCUACCCGAACAUCUGGUAACAUCUUCAGGAAUCAGACCUAAUGGUGACGGUACCUACCAGCUGAGGAAGAGUACGGACAUCGAGGAGAAGGACAAAGAUCUUUACAGUUGUUAUGUGACCCACAACACUUUUAAAGAACCAAUAGACAAAAAUGGAAACAAUCCCCAAGCCUCGAGCGGAAUGAUGGGAGUGGUGAUUGGGAUCAUGGUUAUACUGGCUGUGGUUGCAGGGGUCCUCUUUAUUCUGAAACAGAAAGGGAUUAUUUGUGGAGACCCGAACGGACAUGCGAACGGACAUGCGAACGGACACGCAAACGGACACACAAAUGGACACGCAAACGGAUACGCGAACGGACACACGAAUGUAGACGAGACUGAACCCAUGACGGCUGCAAACGGCAUCAACGGAGCUGCAUGAAGAUGAAGAUCUCAGACCUGAAGAGUGUGUGUGUGUGUGUGUGUGUGUGUGUGUGUGUGUGUGUGUGUGUGUGUGUGAGGGAUUGACAGAACGUACAGCAGCUGUUCCUGAUUCUACACUUUUCAGGAUUCUGUAAAUAACGGCCUUAAUCAUUUCAAGCACCUUGAGCUUUCAGAAUGUUUCCUGUCUCUCGAAGCUGUUAACUCACAGAACAUGAAGAACCCUCUGGAGUCCACACACACCGUCACCGUCACUGUAUAAUGAGCUGCAAUAUCAAAGUAAUUUUACCAGGUGUGAAAAUGUGAAAGUCUUUACAACAUCAGCACUUAGCUUUAGCGCUGCUACUAUAACUAUCAGUAAUUUAUAUUCAUUACUAUGCAAAAGUCUCAGGCACUGUAUUAUAUUUAGUACACGUGGUGUUAUAUACUGUAUGUUUAUCACGUCUGCAGGAUUAUGUACAAAACCAUUCACUAUUUACAAACAUAACUUCAACAUUAAUAAAUAAAAACAUUACAAAAGAAUAUAUGUGCCUGUAAAAAAGCAACACACAGCGGUCCCUCGGUAUACGAGUUAAUCCGUCCCGGAGGCGAGUCCUUAAGGUGAAGUGUUGUAUUGUGAAACACAUUCUCCCACAGGAAAUAAUGUAAAUACAGAUAAUCCGUUCCAGUCACCCAAAAAUAUUACUAAUUACCAACAUUAUAAUCCUAAUUUCUGCACCUAAAAACAAUCAAAACAUUUAGUAAAGACUUGUUAAUAAAGUAAAAUAUAUGAAAUAAAUAAACAUUAAACCUCACUUAACUUUAAUUUAUGAUUCCUCUCGGCACCGGCGACUUCAAAAACCAAAAAGGGGCGGCUCCCUUUUCUUCUUGAUAAGUCCUGGAUAACAUUAAAGGGACCCCAUGGUGGUGCAUCUUCACUAAAUCUUACACAAAAUGCAUAAACUCAAUUUGCUUGGCGUUACACUGACAAAAACAAGUUUUGAACGGCUCCCUGAAGUACACGCGACUUAGCCUUUCGGUUCGGCUCGGCUCGUUUACGUGUAUGUAAACAAAAGUGCUUCGUAUAACGAGGCUAAACUUUGGAAAAAUUUCAGCUUUUAGGGUGAAACUUCUUAAUGCAGGUGUUUGUAUGCCGAGGUACCGCUGUACUACAUGACAGUAAGAAAAUACCUUUUAAAACAUUUCCACAUAAAAGAAACUCCUAUAUUAAAUCUAUAUAAUAAACUUAUCUUAUGUUACCCUUUUUUAAUGCGUAAGUUCCUUGAAAGUUCGAAUGAUAAAAAGAUGUUGGGAAAAAUGUAAUGAACGACCCAAACACAACGCCGCAUAUACAACCUCACAAAUGUAUAACUGUAAGCUUUAUUUAAAGCAUUUAUGCUGAUUAACAUCCAUUAAUCGACGUCGACGUCCCACCACUUCACUUGUUCCUUAAGUUCCUGACAUGGUUUAGAAUUAAAAUCAGAGGUCGGAUCAUUUAUUCAAAAUCCUGUGACGUCCGUCUUUUAAACUCUGAUAAAAUAAAGUGUUGAGAGCCGAUGUUACUGCUGAUCGUUACUCACAGAGUCUGUUACACUUUACGUGUUUGUGUGUGUGUGUGUGUGGGCUUUGAGUUUGUCUUGUAAUUCUUGAUAGCUCUGAUUUUUAAAUACUUAUAAAUGUAAACCUUUAAACCUUAAAAUUUAAAUAUUAAACUAAUUACACAUUGAUCCUGAUGGUUUAGCGGUGAGAUAUAAGCAGAGUAGAUUAGCCGAACCUGCAGAGUAGCAGAGCCGGACCUGCACCGCUGUAGAACCUGUUUUAUUACAGUUAUUUUCUUUGGAUUUGGGAACAAACUGUUUUUCCUUUGCCUUGUGAUAAAAGCUCAUUAUUUUAUAUACUGUAUGAUCAAUUGUCCUACUAUGUCCAUCCCAGGAAUUAUAUUUUUAUUUGUUUUUACUUGUUUUUCUUCUUGUUAUCCAGUGAGUUUCAUUCCCGCUCCUUCUGCACUUGAUCUCCCUCGUCUUCCUUUCAGUUUAAUUCCUCUUUUAUUAAAUCCUUACUUCCUCGUCCUGUAUUUUCUGUACUACUUGUCUCCGUGUUCUCUCCGUCUCCACAUUCCCACUGCUCCUUCCUGAAGCUCGGGGUGGAGAGCUCUGUGUUCAUUAGACUUCUUAACCAGCACUGGACCUUCAGUCAUGAUCAGAAUGAGGUCACAGUCUGAUACGUCACUCAGAAAUGUUUGAUUUGUUGUUUUUGUGUGUUUUUUUUAAUAGUGUUAUAUCUAAGUGUGAGUUACAUUAUAGACUUUAACCUUGUGGAGUGAUUUCAGGUCACAGUGUUACAGUACAUCACUGUAUGGAGAAAACUGUUGUUCUAAGUGUUUUUAUCUCCGUGUAAGAGUUUUACUGGUUUAUAAUGAUGCUGGUCAAAUUAUAUUAUCGUUUCAUUAUAAUAAAAAACUUUUCUAACA